AUGCUUUCAAGACAGAACGCCCAAACUGUCGACAAAUCUAUUGAUAUCGAAGUCGGAGCGCAAAGGACUAUUGUCAAAGAUUCGGUUAUGUCCCCCAAAGCGAAAGAUGGCAAGCCACGAUACAAGGAGCUGAGGGACUUUUUCAAGACUGCAUACAGAAUAAUGAACACCAAAUACAGAGUUAGUGCUCAUUUUCCACAGCGCAGAUCACGGGUACUCUUGCUUGGCUUUGGAUCCAUGCUUCAGACGAGGAGAAACAGAGAAAGUGUAGAUUUGAGAGAGACAAGAUCGCAACAACUGUUUACCAUCGAUGAUGCGACAAUACCUGAUGAACCCAAGACAACGAGCGAUCCAGCGCCUAGUAAACCUGCUUCGACUGAAGAUGAAGACGGAGUUAGAGAUGUUAGAGCUGAUGACGAGAGCGAAACGCCCAGGGCUUCUUCCAAGACACACGUGAACACCACGCCUUUUCCUCAUUUGUCAGAUAUGAGAGCACUGAAUGACCCAUUACCAAAUAUCGAGUACAGUGAUCCGGGAGACACCGCAAAGGAAAGAAACGGCAGAAAGCGACGAUGGCAUGAUGCAGGCCUGCGUUAUCCCGAGAAGUAA